AUGACUGAUUACGAAUACUUGAGUGGCUUUGGCAACCAUUUCUCCUCUGAAGCAUUACCUGAUGCCCUUCCCAAAGGUCAAAACACGCCACAAAAGUGUCCUUAUAAUCUUUACGCCGAACAAUUAUCAGGAACAGCAUUCACCGUGCCUCGUACUCACAAUCAAAGAAGUUGGCUUUAUCGUAUUCGUCCAUCAGUCGUUCAUCAACCAUUCAAGCCCCAUGAAGAACCUACUUUACUCGUUUCAAAAUAUGGUGGAGACGAUGUCUUGAUUACCCCCACACAAAUCCGAUGGAGUCCAUUCGAUUUACCUGCUGAUAACGAAAAGAUAAACUUUGUACAGGGAUUAAAGUCCUUGGCAGGUGCUGGUGAUCCUGCCUGUCGCAGCGGAUUGGCUGUUCAUGUUUACACAGCUAAUACAGAUAUGGGUAAAUCUGCAUUUUAUAAUGCAGACGGUGACUUUUUAAUAGUCCCUCAACAAGGUACACUGGAUAUUUACACAGAGUUUGGAAAAAUAAAAGCCGAGCCUAAUGAAAUCGUUGUCAUCCAACGAGGCAUCAGAUUUUCAGUAUCACUUCCAGAUGGAAAAUCGAGAGGAUAUGUACUUGAAGUAUAUGGAACUCACUUUGAGCUUCCUGAUCUUGGCCCUAUCGGUGCCAAUGGUCUAGCCAAUCCUCGUGAUUUCUUGACCCCUGUUGCCAGCUUUGAAGAAGAAGAUAACGUCGAAUGGCAAAUCAUUACUAAAUUCAAUGGAAGAUUAUUCAGCGCAAAGCAAUCGCACACACCCUUUGAUGUCGUCGCAUGGCACGGAAACUAUGCUCCUUAUAAAUACAAUUUGGCCAACUUCUGUACUAUCAACACAGUGUCAUUUGAUCAUAUUGAUCCAUCUAUCUUUACUGUAUUAACCGCCAAGUCAGAUACUCCUGGUGUAGCUGUUGCAGAUUUCGUCAUAUUCCCUCCUCGUUGGGCAGUAGCUGAAAACACAUUCCGUCCUCCUUACUUCCACCGUAACUGUAUGUCUGAGUUCAUGGGUCUGAUCACUGGUGAUUAUGACGGCAAAGCAGAUGGAUUCUUACCUGGUGGUGGUUCCCUUCACAGCAUCAUGACCCCACACGGUCCUGAUGCCGCCGUCUUUGAAGCAGCCUCAACAGCAGAGCUGAAGCCUGUUUAUGUCGGAAAGGGCAACCAGGCGUUCAUGUUUGAGACAAGCUUCAUGCUUUCACUCACUCAUUGGGGACUCGAGACUUGCGGAAAGGUCCAGGAAGACUAUUGGAAGGCUUGGGCAAACUUAGAAAACAAGUUUAAUCGUCAAAAGAAAUAA